UGCUCUCUCUCCCUCUCUCUCUCUCGAACCUUUUUCUCAAAGCUAUCUUCUUUCUUUCUUCCUCGUUUUCUCCCAACGUUUCUGCUCUUUGAAGAUUUCCAUUCUCUCAGAAACCAAACAAAUCCUCUAUUUCUACUAUUCGCAUUCUCUCUCUUUCACCGAAAUUUUCCUGAGAAAAUUUCGACUCUGCUUCCACGCCGGGAACUGAUGUCGGUCUCCGGUGACUCAAUCUCUCACAAGUUCUCCACGAAAUUCCCUUUUUUAGGGCUAUCUCUUUAUAUUGUAAUUGCGGUUUUAAGCGUUUUCGUUCUAUUGAUCUCCUUCCUUAUCUUCCUCUGCGUCUGCUUGAAUCGCAUCUCACGCGCGCGUCGAAUGCGCGUGAAGCACAGCUCCGGUUCGAUCCCACUCGUCUCCAAGGAGAUUCUCGAGAUCAAGACGGUGGGUAAGAUCCUCCACUCCACCGACGACGACAAGGGCAGAACCGGAAACGAAAUCGUGGUCGUGAGCAAAGGAGCAAGCGGCCACGGCGAAGGCGGAGAUGACGUGUCAGUUUCCGGAGGUGGUGACGUGGCGGCGCAGGUGAUGGGGUGGGGACGGUGGUACAGCUUGAAGGAGCUCGAGAUCGCGACUCAUGGCUUCGCCGAUGAGAACAGGAUCGGCGAAGGAGGAUACGGCGUCGUUUACAGAGGCGUCUUCCCCGACGGCUCCGUCGCCGCCGUGAAGAAUCUCCUCAACAACAAGGGUCAAGCAGAGAAGGAGUUCAAAGUCGAGGUAGAAGCUAUCGGGAAAGUCAGGCACAAGAACUUGGUUGGUCUGAUCGGAUAUUGUGCUGAGGAUUCUAAAAGGAUGCUCGUGUAUGAAUACGUCGAUAAUGGCAACUUGGAGCAGUGGCUGCACGGCGACGUAGGUCCAGUUAGCCCUCUCACUUGGGAUAUCCGCAUGAAGAUUGCUAUUGGCACAGCCAAAGGGUUAGCUUAUUUGCACGAAGGGCUUGAGCCAAAGGUUGUGCAUCGGGAUGUGAAGUCCAGUAACAUCCUGCUUGACAGGAAAUGGGAUCCAAAAGUGUCGGAUUUUGGCUUGGCAAAAUUGUUGGGGUCCGAAGCAAGCUACGUGACAACUCGAGUGAUGGGAACUUUCGGGUAUGUAUCACCAGAGUAUGCAAGCACAGGAAUGCUCAACGAGUGGAGCGAUGUUUACAGUUUCGGAGUUCUGCUAAUGGAGAUCAUCACAGGGAGGAGCCCCAUAGAUUAUUCCAGGCCACCUGGUGAGAUGAACUUAGUAGAGUGGUUCAAAGGGAUGGUAGCGAGUCGAAGAGGAGAAGAAAUCAUAGACCCUCUAAUGGAAACCCCGCCUCCUGCUAGAGCCUUGAAACGAGCGUUGCUUGUUUGUCUUCGUUGCAUAGAUCUCGACGCGAGUAAGCGGCCAAAGAUGGGCCAAAUCGUUCACAUGCUUGAAGCCGAAGAUUUCCCCUUUCGUCCCGAACACAGAUCAGUGCAAGAAAGAGACGCGGAGAAAGCCAAGAAAUCCAGAGACGACAGCUUUGAAAAGGCAAGAGGGAGAUGAGGAUAUUCACAGUAAUACGUUGGUGUUUCCGUACGAGUAGACGUAGAGAAAGGCGAGAGAGAAGUGAUAUAUAUAUACAUACAUAUAUAUGUGUGUGUUUCUGAGUUGCAUUCAAUGUAGGGUAUGUAAAUACUGAGUAACUUAGGUAUGGUUUUGGUGAUUGAAAAGGUAUGUGAAACUAUCUGCAUUUUCCCCUA